UUUGAGGCUCAAGGGCACCUUGGACAGAUCCCUGAGAAGCAUCACGGUGUAUGAUUGUUGUGGACCACGACGCGCAAGCCUUUGAUGCUGAGCCUCGCUGUAACUUGUACUAUACUGUGGAAAUAUGCACGUCCCAAGUCUACACAUUUCCCUUGCUCUAUUUGCGUUUCCAUUUAUUCCAGGUCACCCAGUCUCCAUAGCCACAACUUUUGAGGCUGAUCAUGAAGUCACCUUAUCCAUAUAUGUUUCACUGACCAGAGAAGGGUGGACCGAUGAUGAACCGAUAACGAUGACAUUCAUUGCAGUGGACAACGAUGCGAACUGCCCGACCAUUGUUCCUGAAACACUCUGUCUCGCCACCGCGCAGCGUUCAAUUAAGGCAGGCACACACUGCUCCGCCCUAUCCGAACCUUGGGAGUCAGUUUUCCAUCGUUUCUCAAAACUGCGGAGUAGGUUUUCAGCAAGAGCGUUGUUGGGUUCCUCUUCAGUCUUCUUCGAUAAACGUCUGGCUAUUUUUAUAUUUUGAGCCGAUUUCAUGAAGGGUCCAGCAAUGCAUUGUGCGAAUGCCCCCGGAGUUCUGCGGUAGUUUUGUCAUACGCUGUAUACCUGCUUUAGCGAGAGAUAUUCAAAGUU